UCGUACACUAUGUAUACCCCAGCGGUGCCUUAGACGCUUUAUGUGAUGUGAAACUUCGUCAAUUUAAACCAAUGGCUAAUGUUACGCUAUAAUCCUGACUUGUUUUGGUCAUGGAUAAUUGUGCCUUAAAGUUUGGGAGCAAUAACAAUAAUGAAGUUGAAGAAAAAGUGGUGCUAUCUCUUGGUGCAACGGGUGGCCACAAGGGGACGACUACACCUUCCCACCCCUGCACAAUCCUCCACCAUUCUCCUUAUAAGGCCGCUUGGGAUUGGUUGAUACUAAUAUUAGUGAUAUAUACAGCAAUAUUCACACCAUACGUGGCAGCAUUUCAACUAAACGAGCCUGACUUCGACAAGCGUUCUCGGGGUUUUGGCCAGGACCCUAUUGUUAUUAUUGAUAUGAUAGUCGAUGUGACCUUCAUCAUUGACAUCCUGAUAAAUUUCCGCACCACCUACGUGAAUGUUGCUGACGAGGUCGAAUCUGAUCCAGCCAAGAUCGCCAUGCACUACCUACGUGGCUGGUUCCUCAUCGACCUAGUCGCUGCAAUUCCAUUCGACCUUCUACUCUUCGGCACCGACACCGACGAAACAACUACCCUCAUUGGUUUACUAAAAACAGCGCGACUGUUGCGUUUAGUGCGAGUUGCAAGGAAAAUUGAUAGAUAUUCUGAAUAUGGCACCGCCGUCCUUCUCCUUCUUAUGGCCACCUUUGUACUUAUUGCGCACUGGCUGGCCUGUUUAUGGUAUGCCAUCGGAAGUUGGGAAAGACCUCAGCUACACGCUCCAAUCGGCUGGCUGGAUGCUCUAGCCAAUGAUGUUCAAGCAUCCUACGAUAAUUCCACUGGACCCUCUAUGAGGUCCCGAUACAUUACAGCUUUAUAUUUCACAUGCACUUCACUGACGAGCGUUGGUUUCGGGAAUGUUGCCCCUAACACUGACAUGGAAAAGGGUUUUACGAUAUUUGUCAUGCUCGUCGGAUCACUGAUGUAUGCCAGUAUAUUUGGAAAUGUUUCUGCGAUAAUUCAAAGACUGUAUUCGGGGACCGCACGGUAUCACACACAAAUACUCCGAGUUCGCGAAUUUAUUCGUUUUCAUCAGAUUACGAACCCACUCCGCCAAAGACUGGAAGAGUAUUUCCAACAUGCAUGGAGCUACACAAAUGGUAUCGACACGUCUAGCGUCCUAAAAGGUUUCCCAGAAUGCCUCCAAGCUGAUAUUUGCUUACAUUUAAAUAGAAAUCUGCUAGCAAGUUGUGCCGCUUUCGAUGGAGCCAGUCCUGGGUGCCUAAGAGCAUUGUCGUUGCGAUUCAAGACAACGCACGCACCUCCCGGUGAGACUCUAGUUCACAGAGGGGAUGUGCUGACUUCACUGUAUUUCAUCUCCCGAGGCUCUAUUGAGAUAUUAAAAGACGACAUUGUUAUGGCUAUCUUAGGUAAAGAUGACAUCUUUGGAGAGAAUCCGUGCACACACAGCACAGUAGGCCGGAGCAAUUGCAGAGUGCGAGCUCUUACAUACUGUGACCUGCAUCGCGUGCAUAGGGACGACCUCCUGGAUGUUCUGGAAUACUACCCCGAGUUUCGUGCCACGUUUGUCAACAAUCUGGAGAUUACUUUUAACAUGAGAGAUGACGAAUUGAGUGGUAUAGAACCUAAAAGGCGAAUGCGCUACGAGAAUCCAAAUGAGGCGCGGCUUCUACGAGAAGCCUACGCACGAACAACCCGACGACCACAUACAGAAACCUUCGCUGAUAAGGAUUCUCAAUGUAGCGACGAGGAUACAGAGUCUCCACCUAGUAGGGGAAUUUUGGAGUUUUCUACUGACAAAGCAGGCCAGGAUGUUACCCCACUCAAUUUUAACUUUAGUAAACAGAGAUCGACCACGCUUAAUUCGAUUACAGGCAUGCUUGCGCACUUUAAACGGAGCUUCCCAGACCUCUACCAUCAUAAAACACACCAGCCGCUGCAUAACAAGUACUCGCAAUCUACUCCGCAAACGUACAGAGGUCGAGGUGCUGUCAGACGUCAGUCUUCUGUUGGGCCACUGAACGACACGUCUCCUUUAACAUCAGCAGCUGUUGGAGAGGCAGCAGUUAGCACUCCAGCACAUAGUACAACUCUCCCUGUAUCCAGCCUUAGCACGAAUCCCAGCUCCUAUUACACAAAUGCAUCUCCUAGCCCGCCAACACCGGCUCCCGUCCAUGUAUCCUGUGAUGAUAUUCUGGCACCAUCUGCUCAAUCCGUUGGAAGAACUCCUUCGUCCCGGUCAGCGCCGCACUCCGCUAUCAACUUGCAUAUGACUGGACGACCGACGGCGCUUCUAUUUAAUGGAGAAAAGGCGCAAAAUGGACAGGAUACGGUAUCCCCGCAGUACCAAAACGUUGGGUCUGGAGCGACGGCUGCCUCUGUCACAACCAUCCUAACCAGGCUGGAGGAGCUAAGCCGUAGGGUUGCUAUGUUGGAGAAUGGAUUAACAGCUGAUGUGCGAAGGAUCCUUCAGCUACUCCAAGCCCGAGAACUGCCUCACCACAAUUCGGCACCAGCUCACACUCCGUCACAGCCUCUGCCCAAAGCCUCGCUUUCGGUCCCACAGAAUCAUGACAAUCAAUGGGAAUGGAGCUGGAAUGGAGAUCGCAGCAGCCGCGUCCGCAGCGAACGGGCCGAGCGCACACCUGGAGUCCAACGCUCCGCCUCCGAACCGCACGCACCGGUGCCGCCCGCCCUUCCCCCGCCCCCGCAUUCCCACUCCUUUUACAGGUAGUGUGAGGCAGGCGAGACGAGCGCUUCUCGCUUCCGGCCAUCGACGCGCUCGCUCGCUGAAUCCGUGUCGUGCGGAUCACUGGCGGGCGUUGCUGCCGAGCCGCCCGCCACGCCCAACACCCGCCCGGCCUCACGACCGCGGUUCCACUUCUGCCGGCACAUCACCAGCGCCCGCGACGACGCAUGGACCUUCCUCUAACGAUGGACCAAUUUUGUACUCACUAUGUGCGCUCGUCCUCACGAUCAAGUGAUUCUUUUUCCUUUAUGGGCAUGGAUGGUCGAUUUGUGUUAUUAGGAAUUUCAAGCGCAUGCGCAUGGUUAAAAUGAAACUGUACACAACUUUUACGAUAGGAUUCAUAGUCGAGAUUUGGCAUUUUAAAACAAAACCUAAAAUAAAAUGUGUCUAUGGAAUAUAAGAUACAGGUAUCACUUAUUCUACGUCAUUAAAUUUGAAUUCAGACAUUCCAUUCCUUAUCCGCAAAGGGAGCGUUCAAGUAUGACGUAACGUAUUUGGAGGGGGGGUGGGUGUCGUUUAAAACGUUACGAUGCAGGGCGGGGUUUGAAUUAUGCGUUAUUGUUAAUAUUAUUUUCGACUUUCCGAUACUUUACACCACAUAAUUGGCAAACUAAAUGAAACGUUUUA